AUGCCAGUGGACACCAACGAUGUGCAUUCACCUAGACGCUUUGGGAAUCCCCUACAUCAGAAGCAUAUCGAACAAGUGAACCUUCGUCGGAGUGUCGAGCGUCAGGGCGCGAUUAAGCUCUCCAGCGUCCCAGUGGAGCGCACCGUUGGAGAUGCCUUCCGUAUCAUGCUUCAAACAUGUGAAUCCAAUGGGUUCUUUGAUAGUUCGAAGAAUUUUACACCACCUUCACUUGAGCUUCUCGAGCGUCAUCUCCAAGAAUGGAAGCAGCUUCAGCCGGCGAUGUCCCGCGAGACACCCGAGCCCUGCGCGCACGCAUCUAUAUCCCAGCCAAGCCCAUUAUGUGUUCCGCCGUCUUCGGCGACCUCCUCGCUUUCGGUGCGUGAUAUUGACCGGAUGUGGUCGCUGCUCGAUCGUACCCCGCUUAACGCACCCGUUCACGGCCUGCUCGCCUUGCGCGGGAAGGCAUUGGUGGAGGGGGUGAUCGGGCGGACCGCCUACGAGUUUUUUCCCCGCCUCCGCUCCAAACAUCUUCAGCAGCUGCUCCACGAGACGGCCGGGUUGCUGCCGUGUGCGCGCGUGGCCAUCCGCCUUGGCUUCGCCGCGUUAGCCGGGGUCGAGGGGGAGAUCGGGAUGUGGCGUGAGCUCAACAUUUUACAGCAGCGCCUGGACGUCGCCCGCGGAAAAGCCGCGGCGCACCGGCAGCGCCUGGAGAGGGGGGUCGCGGCCCAGCGGCGAUGGUACUGGAGGGCGGUGCUCCGCGCCGCUUCGGGUCGGCUAAAAAUGUUUCCAGUCGAGCCCGGGGAUCUCUUCCCACGCAUGGAGUGGAUACGUAGUUUCGUUUUCGCUUUUGUCGCCUUCCUUGAGAUGGCGGAGCGCUCUGCCGACCAAAAUGUGAAGGUCACUCCCUUCAUUUUGAAACUUUUUUGCGCGCAGAUUGGCGAAUUUUCCCAUACCAAGCAUCUAUUAAACUGUGCGAAGACUUGCAUCGCAUUUGAGGAAAACAACGGUUAUCGAUCCGGCCUAGAUGCCACCAUGAGAGACGAGGCCAUUUCCCAUUUUCGCAAUAUCAUCGACGCCAUCCGGCAUGAAAUGCAGGAAUACACGCGCCGAGCCCCUGCAGAGCUCGACGUUCUCAACGCCAAAUCCCACCCUCUGAACGACCGCGCGGACCGUCGUCGCGAGCAAUUCGAAUCGAGUGGGGGUGCAGUGGCGACCCAGACCCUGCGUGAUGAUAUUUUCGACGCUUACGAGGUCGAACGGCAUCGUCGCGAGGCCCCCGCGAUGGUGUUGAACGCCCUACGCACGACUAACGCCUUGAAAGAGGCGCAGUUAAUUCUGAAGUACGCCCCGGGCAUCGCGCGGUCCGUGCGAAAUACUUUAAUCGAUGUCGAUCCGGUUGUCCGACGGACGGUGGAGGUGCACGAGACGAAUAACUACGCCACGCUCCACAACGCACAGCAGUACCGACAGGUGGAGUACACGGUCUGCCGCCUGUAUGCUGGGGCGCAGGCCAUCGGAGAGGGGAAAGGGGAGACGUUGAUGGAGGCCAUCAACGAAGCCGCGCAGCAUACCCUUUUUAACUACUACGUUCGAGGCUCGAUACCGACGGAAAUGAUCGCCGACAAGGAUGACAACGUCGGGAGUGACUGUCCGGAACCGAAGCGAAAUGCCUCCAAUGAGGCGAAUCGCAAAGCCGGUGUAAGCGGGACCGUUAGGAUUCACGAGGUAAAAACAGAAGAAGAAAUGCUCUUUUAA